AUGAAAGAGAAGGUCCGGAAAGAGCACUAUCACAGGAUCUUGAUGGUACUCAAGUCUGAGCUGAACUCCGCAAAUAAACAGGAAGCUAUCAACACCUUAGUAGUACCAGUGGUAACUUACAGUUUUAACAUCAUAAACAAAAAGAGCUGGCCAAACUUAAAACAAAGACUAGGAAAUUCCGAACUAUGUACAGGACGCGCCACCCCAAAUCUGACGUCGACAGGCCGUACCUGCCCAGAACCGAAGGAGAUAGAGGGCUCAUACAACUAGAGCAUUCCUACAAGACGACCACUAUCGGUCCUGAUAAAUACCUCCAGGGGACGCAGGACACCCUACCCCACUUUGUCAAAGAUCAUGACGACAGGAAAUCCUUGUACUCCACCAGCAGACAGUCAAUGAAGUCCAGUCGGGAACUGGGAGUGCCCGCAAUACCACCUGCAGAGGAUGAGGCGAAUACCACCUAUGCCCGAAGAACAAAGGCCAAAGCCAAACACCACGGUCACCAACAGCUCAGGCCAAGAGUGGGAAUCAAAAGCCCUCCACGGCAAAUACCCACAGCGGGUGAAACAGGCUGACGUUGACCAAGACAAGACCCAUAGAUGGCUAAAAGCAGCUGGCCUCAAGGCAGAAACCGAGGGCUUUAUCAUCGCAGCCCAAGAUCAAAGCCUCCUAGCCAGCUGGUACCAACACAACAUCCUCUGGAAGCCUGAAGAGGGCCCAAAAUGCAGACUAUGUGGCCGUUUCGACGAGACCAUUGACAUUCUGGUCUCUGCUGCCCUGAACUGGCUAAAACUGAAUACACCCACCGCCACAAAAAGGCAGUUGCACACAUACAUUGGAAGAUCUGCAAAGAGUUUGGCAUUGAGGUGAAGGAACGAUGGUAUUAG